AUGCGACUUUUCGAAAGAAUAUAUGACGUCGUCGAGCCCAUCGAGGAAUAUCAUCGAAAAGGCUACCAACCUCUGGCCUUUGGCCAAUUCUCAACAGUAUGGCUUGCACAUAAUCAAUUGCUCCAAAAAAAAGUUGCAUUGAAGAUCCUAAAAGCAGAAGCUUCCAGGAACAAUAAAGAGCUUGCUAUGCUUCUUCGUUUAUCUGAGCCCAGCCUAAAGCAUCCUGGUAAAGGGCAUGUCAAUGAACUGUUGGAUUACUUUGAGCAUAAUGGCCCCAAUGGAACACACUUAUGUCUGGUUCUCCCUGCAAUGGUUUCUGAUGCCGCCGCAAUGGCUGUCAGUGGAAAACCGCACCAUGCAGCGGACAUACGAUAUAUUUCUGAACAAAUCCUGUCGGGUCUUGACUUCCUUCAUACGCUAGGCAUUAUUCACUGCGACCUACAACCCGCAAAUAUCCUGUUCUCAAUGGUUGGACUUGCAAACAGUGAAACACACUUACAGCCUCCAGAGUUCAGUCCCGUUAGGUGGCUAGAAGGAACAGUAGUCGACGACAGCGCGCCGAAAUAUCUACUGCCUACACAGAGACCUCGAGGCCAUCUGGAUGAGGCAGAUUUCUCCGAGUUCGAGGUUAAAAUCCGUGACCUCGGUGGGGCUGUAUCGUGUCGACAGGGUGAUCGGAAGCCAGUAUCACCGAGAGCCUUGCGCACACCUGAGCUAAUCCGCCGAAAUACUUGGGAUGCUGGCAUUGAUAUAUGGACAUUGGGGUGUCUGGUAUUCGAACUAGCAACGAAUGAGCCGUUGUUUCCAUUGGGAACAUUUGGCCUCACGGCAGAAGAGAUUGACCAAGAGCAUAUCAACCUUAUUAGCCAGCUGCUUGGCGAAGACGACUUUGGUGCCGAGAACGUCCAGCGUCUUGCAUCGUUUCUUUCGUCGAUGCUACGACCAGAUCCUCUGAAGCGAAUGUCGACUACUGAGUUACUCAAGCACCCAUUCCUAAUUGGACAGAGAGCCUAGAAAUUUAUGGGGUUCGUUGCUGUAGUGACUGAU